UUUCAAUUAAAGCUGAUCCUCUCUCUGUCUCUCUCUCUCUUUCUCUUUCAAUUCUCUCGGUCUCUCUGUCUCACACAAACACACUCGAUCUUCUGUCAAAGUAUUGAUCACAACUUUUUGUGAAGAUACAAUGGGAAAAUCUCCUUCUAGUGACAAAGAUGGAUUAAAGAAAGGUCCAUGGACUUCAGAGGAAGAUCAGAAACUGAUUGACUAUAUUCAAAAGCAUGGACAUGGUAGAUGGCGAAUCCUUCCUAAGAAUGCAGGUUUGAAAAGGUGUGGAAAGAGUUGCCGGCUUCGAUGGACAAACUAUUUGAGACCUGACAUCAAGAGAGGGAGGUUUUCGUAUGAAGAAGAAGAGACCAUAAUACAAUUACACGGUGUUUUGGGAAAUAAGUGGUCCGCUAUUGCUGCUCACUUGCCAGGAAGAACAGAUAAUGAGAUCAAGAACUAUUGGAACACCCACAUCCGAAAGAGGCUAUUGAGGAUGGGAAUUGAUCCAGUGACUCACACCCCACGCCUUGAUCUUCUCGAACUCUACUCGAUUCUGAACUCAUCUCUCCACAACUCAUCUCAACUUAAUCUCCCCAGUUUGCUAGGAAUCGGACCUAUUGCCAAUCCAAAUCUCCUAAGUCUAGCCACAGCUCUCUUGUCAUCGCAGUGCAAAAGCCCAAACACAACUUCUCAAUAUCUUCAGCAAAACCAACUUGACAGCAUCCUAAUUGACCCAAACCAGUUCCAGUCCACCCAACCAAUUCAGCCAAACACAAGUUAUUUCUCACAAGAAAUUCAACCUUGUGCAGCAUUAAACUCUCUAAGCACUGCCUUUCAAAGUGAAACCCAGCUGACAGAAGCCAAAAUGGAGCAGCUCUCUCCAGAUUUUACCAAUUUUAGCUGCCAAACUUCUGUACCAAAUUUAUGGCAAAAUAACGGACACAAUCCUGCAGGUUUAGCUAUGAGAGAUAUUCCUUUGCCAAAAUUCGACCCCACUAUUAUUGAUCACCUUCAAUUUGAAAACCAAAUUUUGAAGUCAAACAACAAUGAGCGCGUACCAAAUUUCAGUUUUGGCUCUCUUAUAUCGACAACUUCAUCAACUCCCACUCCCCUAAAUUCAUCUUCUACUAUCACCUAUGCAAACUGUAGCAUUGAAGAUGAGAGGGAUAGUUACUGCAGCAAUAUUUUGAUGUAUGAUAUGCCACAUAGCUUGAGUGCCCGUGGAUUGCAUAUGUAAGAAGACAACAGGCGUACGUGUGCAGCAAGAAGCUGAUAUUUUCAUAUAGAUUUAAGCUUUGUCUAGUGUUUAACGUUGAGAUUUAGCUUGGGAUUUUAAUUGUAUAAUCUGCAUGACUUCUACGUAGGAUAUUAAUUAUAAUCAUGCAUUGAUCUUUCUCCACCA